GCGGGGUAGGUUUCAGUCCCCUCCUCUCUCAACCCCUCCUUUGCCUUCUCGGUUUGAAUUUCUUCCCCCGGCAUUUCACUGGCUGGCAGAGCACGAGAGCAGACCCACACGCAGAGCGAAGCAAGGCUGAGCCUCUCCGCCACCGGGGCUUCUCUCUCAACCACCGGUCUGGAGCCUGGGAAGGGGUGAGGGGAGAGGAAGAGCCAGCAGGAGGAGCUUGGCUCCCUCCGUUCGCAUCCGAGGACAGCCCAGCUCCCCGCCGAGGGACGGACCGCAUCUCCGCAGCGGGCUCUUGGAGUACCUCGGGCGGCCGGCGAGGCGAAGGAUGGUGGCGGCUCGGCGCGCAGGCUGCGGGGCAGCGCUGUGGCUCUGGGCGCUCGGCGGUUUCCUCUGCAGAGCCUGGACGGCGCCCUCCGCGUCCCAAAAAUGUGACGAGCCCCUUGUCUCCGGGCUUCUCCACACAGCUUUCAGCAGCUCUUCCUCCAUGUCUGGCAGUUACUCUCCCGGCUAUGCAAAGAUCAACAAACGCGGAGGUGCUGGCGGAUGGUCUCCUUCGGACAGUGACCAUUAUCAAUGGCUUCAGGUUGACUUUAAGAAUCGGAAGCAGAUCAGUGCCAUCGCAACCCAAGGAAGAUACAGUAGCUCAGAUUGGGUGACCCAGUACCGGAUGCUCUACAGUGACACUGGAAGAAACUGGAAGCCCUACCAUCAAGAUGGGAAUAUCUGGGCGUUUCCGGGAAACAUCAACUCAGACAGUGUGGUCCGGCAUGACCUGCAGCAGGCAGUCAUUGCCCGUUACAUUCGCAUUGUGCCCCUGGACUGGAAUGGAGAAGGGCGCAUAGGGCUCCGCGUGGAAGUCUAUGGCUGCGCAUACUGGGCUGACGUUAUCAAUUUUGAUGGCCAUGUUGUGUUACCAUAUAGAUUCAGAAACAAGAAGAUGAAAACACUGAAAGAUGUCAUUGCAUUGAAAUUUAAAACCUCUGAAAGUGAAGGAGUUAUCUUACAUGGAGAAGGACAACAAGGAGAUUACAUUACAUUGGAACUGAAAAGAGCCAAGCUGGUCCUCAGUUUAAACCUAGGAAGCAACCAGCUCGGUCCCAUCUAUGGACACACGUCAGUGAUGUCAGGAAGUCUCCUGGAUGAUCACCACUGGCACUCGGUGGUCAUUGAGCGCCAGGGACGGAGCAUCAACCUGACCCUGGACAGGAGCAUGCAGCAUUUCCGUACCAAUGGAGAGUUUGACUACCUGGAUUUGGACUAUGAGAUAACCUUUGGAGGUAUACCCUUCUCUGGCAAGCCAAGUUCCAGUAACAGCAAGAAUUUUAAAGGCUGCAUGGAAAGUAUCAACUACAAUGGCAUUAACAUUACUGAUCUUGCCAGAAGGAAGAAACUAGAGCCAUCCAAUGUGGGAAACUUGAGCUUCUCUUGCGUGGAGCCCUAUACGGUGCCUGUCUUUUUCAAUGCCACGAGUUACCUGGAGGUGCCAGGCCGGCCUCAGCAGGACCUGUUCUCAGUCAGUUUCCAGUUCAGGACGUGGAACCCCAAUGGUCUGCUGCUCUUCAGUCGCUUUGCAGAUGACCUGGGCACUGUGGAGAUCCAUCUCGUGGACAGCAAAGUGGGCGUCCAUGUCAACACCUCACAGAACAAGAUGAACCACAUUGACAUCUCCUCAGGUACUGGACUUAAUGAUGGACAGUGGCAUGAAGUUCGCUUCCUAGCCAAGGAAAACUUUGCUGUUCUCACCAUUGAUGGAGAUGAAGCAUCUGCAGUCCGGACCAACAGCCCCCUGCAAGUGAAGACUGGCGAGAAGUACUUCUUUGGAGGUUUUCUGAACCAUGUGAAUAAUGCCAGCCACUCUGCUCUCCAGCCCUCAUUCCAAGGAUGCUUGCAGCUAAUACGAGUGGAUGACCAGCUUGUAAAUUUAUAUGAAGUGGCACAACGGAAGCCAGGAAGUUUUGCAAAUGUCAGCAUCGAUAUGUGUGCCAUCAUAGACAGAUGUGUGCCCAAUCACUGUGAGCAUGGCGGGAAGUGCUCACAAACGUGGGACAGCUUCAAAUGCACUUGUGAUGAGACAGGCUACAGCGGGGCCACCUGCCACAACUCCAUCUAUGAACCCUCCUGCGAAGCAUACAAACAUCUCGGCCAGACAUCCAACUACUACUGGAUAGAUCCCGAUGGUAGUGGACCUCUGGGGCCUCUGAAGGUUUACUGCAACAUGACAGAGGACAAGGUGUGGACCAUAGUAUCUCAUGACUUGCAAAUGCAGACAACUGUAGUUGGUUACAACCCAGAGAAGUACUCGGUGACGCAGCUCAUCUACAGCGCUUCCAUGGACCAGAUCAGCGCCAUCACCAGCAGCGCAGAGUACUGUGAGCAGUAUGUCUCCUACUUCUGCAAGAUGUCCAGGUUGUUGAACACCCCAGAUGGAAGUCCUUACACCUGGUGGGUUGGCAAAGCCAACGAGAAGCACUAUUAUUGGGGAGGCUCAGAGCCUGGGAUUCAGAAGUGUGCCUGUGGCAUCGAGCGCAACUGCACCGACCCCAAAUACUACUGCAACUGUGAUGCGGACUACAAGCAGUGGAGGAAGGACGCUGGCUUCCUAUCCUACAAAGAUCACCUGCCCGUGAGCCAGGUGGUGGUUGGAGAUACUGACCGGCAAGGCUCAGAAGCCAAGCUGAGUGUGGGUCCCCUGCGCUGCCAAGGAGACAGGAAUUAUUGGAACGCAGCUUCUUUCCCCAACCCGUCCUCCUACCUGCACUUCUCUACAUUCCAAGGCGAGACCAGUGCCGACAUUUCCUUCUACUUCAAAACAUUAAUCCCCCGGGGAGUGUUUCUUGAGAAUCUGGGGAAAACAGAUUUCAUCAAGCUGGAGCUGAAAUCUGCUGCAGAAGUGUCCUUUUCAUUUGAUGUUGGAAAUGGACCAGUGGAGAUUGUGGUGCGGUCGCCUUCCCCUCUCAAUGAUGACCAGUGGCAUCGGGUCACUGCAGAGAGGAAUGUCAAACAGGCCAGUCUCCAGGUGGAUCGACUGCCCCAGCAGAUCCGCAAGGCCCCAACUGAAGGUCACACUCGCCUAGAACUCUACAGCCAGCUGUUUGUUGGUGGCGCUGGAGGCCAGCAGGGCUUCCUGGGCUGCAUCCGCUCCUUGAGGAUGAAUGGGGUGACACUUGACCUGGAAGAAAGAGCAAAGGUCACAUCCGGCUUUAAAUCAGGUUGCUCGGGCCACUGUACGAGCUAUGGAACCAACUGUGAAAAUGGAGGCAAAUGUAUAGAGAAAUACCAUGGUUACGCCUGUGAUUGCUCUAACACCGCAUAUGAUGGGACAUUUUGCAACAAAGAUGUGGGUGCAUUUUUUGAAGAGGGGAUGUGGCUGCGGUAUAACUUCCAGGCGCCCGUGGUCACUGCCAGAGAUGCGGGCAGCAGGGCAGAGAACUCCAUGGACCCACAGCGCUCCGCCCCCGACCUGGCCCAGGAGCAAAUGCACCUGAGCUUCAGCACCACCAAGGCGCCCUGCGUCCUCCUCUACGUCAGCUCCCUCACCACCGACUUCCUGGCUGUGCUGCUCAAGCCCACUGGAAACUUACAGAUCAGGUACAACCUGGGAGGCACCAGAGAGCCAUACAAUAUCGACGUAGACCACAGAAACAUGGCCAAUGGACAGCCCCACAGUGUCAACGUCACCCGUAACGAGAGGACUAUAAUUCUCAAGCUCGAUCACUACCCCUCUGUGAGUCACCACCUGCCGAGCUCAUCUGACACACUCUUCAAUUCACCCAAGUCGCUCUUUCUUGGAAAAGUUAUAGAAACAGGGAAAAUCGACCAAGAGAUUCACAAAUACAACACCCCUGGAUUCACAGGCUGCCUCUCCAGAGUUCAGUUCAACCACAUCGCCCCACUCAAGGCUGCUUUGAGGCAGACAAACGUCUCGGCCCACGUGCACAUCCAGGGCGAACUGGUGGAGUCCAAUUGCGGGGCCUCCCCACUGACACUGUCCCCCAUGUCUUCAGCCACGGACCCCUGGCACCUAGAUCACUUGGAUUCAGCCAGUGCUGAUUUUCCAUAUAAUCCAGGACAAGGCCAAGCUAUAAGAAAUGGAGUCAACAGAAACUCAGCUAUCAUUGGAGGGGUCAUCGCCGUGGUAAUCUUCACCAUCCUCUGCACCCUGGUCUUCCUCAUCCGGUACAUGUUCCGUCACAAGGGCACCUACCACACCAACGAAGCCAAGGGGGCAGAGUCGGCAGAGAGCGCCGACGCUGCCAUCAUGAACAACGACCCCAAUUUCACAGAGACCAUUGAUGAAAGCAAGAAGGAAUGGCUCAUUUGAGGGGAGGCUGUUUGGCUGUGGGAUAGGGAGGGGGCGACGGGAGGAGGGAAGGGACAAGAACACCCCGCUUCAUACUCCUGAGCACAUCCUUACAAUAUCAGCACAACUUGGAGAAGGCAAGCAACAUAUUCUUAAGACUGAUCACCACAAAAAAAAAAAAAAACUUUUUAAUAUUUCUUUAUAGAGUCUCCCUGCCCUGCCAGGCCCUGCGUUCAGUACCAAAACAAAAUAAUACAAAAAUGCUUUUAGAGUUUAAGCAAUGGUUGAAAUUUGUAGGUAAUACCUAUCUUAUUUUGUGUGUGUUUAGAGGUGUUCUAAAAAAAAAAAAAAAGUGGUAACAGGGCAAGUUUUCUACAUUUUUAAGAGCCCUUAGAAUGUGGGUAUUUUUUUCUUGAGAAAAACUGAUCACAUCCAUUCGGCCUCCAACGUUCUCUUCCUUUUGCAUCUAGUCAACUUUUAAUGGGCGACUGUAACAGCCUGUUUGUGUUCAUCUAUUUCUUUUACUGUCCUCUAAAUUUGAAAAGGAAAGAAACAAAGAGAUCCUUUUUGCCAGUUUGCAAAGAUACUUCAAUCUAUGCCAGUUUUCUGAGGGUUCCUGCCUGGCACCACCGGCUGAAGGGAAAGUGUGUGGCACCAGUUGUAUGGCAACGGAACCAACAAGAGUGGAGAAAAGUACCCGAGAAAUCUGGCAGAAUUGUGGGUAUUGGGGUUGUUGCUUCUGUUUUUCUACAAGAUAAUGUCCUAUGUAUGUAGUUGUAGAUCUAUUCAAUAUCUGUACCUAUCAGUUAUAAUACCAUGGUGACCAACUGUUAAGACUUUCCUCUGUCUCACCUGCAACAUAUCGGGGUACAUGUAUACUCACCUCAGUGGGGAAUUACAGCCAGAGAGUGUGGUUCCUUUGCUCUGUUUUAUACUCAGCAAAAGUAUGGAUACCCCCUAGAGAAUGCAUAAACAAGAUUGUUCUUAUUAUGUUUAUAAACUUAAGUUUUCACACCUCUGUGAUAAAACCCUAGUAAACAGCGUCCUCUAGACAGUACAAUACAAUAAAGCCAAGUUGUUAUUGCUGUGACUUUGGAAUCGUGGGAGACACUGCCAUAUAUUAAAGCAACUCCAUCUCUUUGUUCUAUCCCAAAUAGAUACACUACCAAGAUCCGAGGGUCUUCUGUGACAGACUCAGCUGAAUGUUAAAUGUGGUCAUUGUCACUUCUCAGAGAAUAGGCUGUCUAGGAGAUUAUAUCUCUCUGCUUAACCAGGAAUCUUGGCCAGUUUACUUCAACAACAACAACAAAGAAAACAACUCAUUGAUUUUAUGUAAAAACACUGGACUUUGUGUAAGCAAAUGGGGACGGUGCUGCCUACUAGAACAUCCAAAACUAAUUCAGUUUAUUUACUUUAAAAAUUUACACAGAAGUUAUUUCUAGGACUGACUACAAUUUAUAAAUAGUGUAUGUCAGGCUGCUUAUUCCUAAAAAAAGCAAUUUAAAAAAAAAAAUUUUAAGAUCCAACAUUUUAAGAAAUUAAAUACAAUCAUUUUUUCCUUCUCCUCUUGGAAAGGAUAAGGUGAGGUUAAUUCAGCAUAUAUACUAUUUUUUUCUGAUGGCCUGGCUCAGUAUAAUGGAGAUUCUAGUUUGUUAAGACUGCAUAUACACAAUUUCAAGAUUCUUGGAAUGCUUAACUUAUUGGACAAUCUCAAUUUCUUGGGUUAUGGGUAAACCUUGUCUAGAAACACCCAUUGUACCAGUUCAUGGUAUGUUCCAAAGGGAGACGAGGGAUGGGUUUAUCCCCCCUCAAGUCAACGGAACAGAGCAGAAGGGAAUCCUGAGAUCUUUGCAUGCUUACAAACACCCUUUAUUCUCAAAUGUCUUGAUUAUUCUUCCAUAAAAUACAUUCAAUAUGGAAAAGUACUUAACACAACUGGAUGUCAGAAUAAUGUAACAUUCACAUGUGGCAGAUUGAAAGCAAAGGUCAUUAUUUCACCACGAUGACUGCCAUUAAAGUUCUCUUAUACACUGUCAAAUUGAAAAAGCAAAUGUUCAACAUUAUGGUUUAGAAAUGUGUCUGAUUUUCUUCAAACCUAUUUUGCAGGUAUGACUUUUGUACUUAACAGAUAAUGCCAGAUGGAAAUUUAUUGUUUCUUGCAUUUCCCAUGAUAAGCGGCAUUCCUUAUGCAUUGUCUCAGCACUUUUCCUUUCUUACCAAGAUGAUUAGGGAGCUAAAAGCCAUCAAAAGAGCAUCCCCUGGCAAUUAAAAUGUUCCCACCCUUU